AUGAAUAAUUUCUCUUUAUCUAUACUGAUCAACAAUGAUAUGAUGACUACAACGACCACAUCGACAACAACAAGUACUACUACUCAAUUGAAUACAAGUAGUACAAACAGUAACAACACAUGUAUUGAUCAUUUUCCCUGGUUAGAAGUAUUUCAUCAAAAUUAUCAACCUAUUCAUGUUUAUUUAUGUUUAAUUCUAUGCCCAAUCGGUGUAAUAGCCAAUACGUUGAAUGUUGUUGUUUUAUGUCAACCACGUUUACGUAGUCCAACUAAUUAUUGCUGA